AUGACUACAGAAACAGACAACAGUAAAACAAUAGUAGUAGAUUUAAAAGUGACUUCAAAUGAUUUAAAGGAGUGUGAAGAUGAUAGAUAUUGUAUCGAGAAAAGAAUAAGUAAGAAUAAGAGUGAUUUAUUUAAAAUGGAUUUUAAUGUGAUGUUGUAUAUUUGUAAAGAGUCUUUUGAUAACAUUAGAAAGGACUGGGAUUACACAGAAAUAAAUUACUGUGAUAAUAUAAAAUCCAAGUACUUCGUUGAUUCUGUUCAAAGAAAUGUGAGAUUUAAUAUUUACGUACAAAGUAAUGAGUCUAUUAAAGCAGAUGAAAACAAUUCUUUUAAUUCAAAAGAAGUUAAAAAGGAAGAAGAAGAGUUUUUUAAAUUAGAAGAGAAUGAAAUUUCUUUAGAUUUUGAUGAAAAAAUUUUAAUUAAAGAAAUUUCAACAAAUUCAGAUGAAACAGUAAUAAUUUAUAAAAAUGAAAAUUUUUUUACUCAUAAAAAAAUGAAUGAAAAAAUAAUUGAUAAUGAGAUAGUUGAUAAUGAAAUACUUGAUAAUGAAAUAGUUGAUAAUGAAAUAGUUAAUGAAGAAAUAGUUAUUGAAAAUCCUUAUAACAAUGUUGAAAUUUUUAAUAACGAGAAACAACUUUUCAUUGAUAAAAUUUUAAAUAGAUUUCAUAUUAGAAGAGAUUUUAAAGAAAAAGAAAUUUGCUAUAAUGAGACUGAUGAAGCUAAUUUAACUUUAAAAAUUAUUCAAGAAUUUGAGCAUGAUGGUAAGAAAGUUCAAAUAGUUGAAGAAAAGGACAAUAAUUGUUUAAUUUGUCUUUAUGUGUUGAUAUCUAAGGGGUCAGGAUUACCUAUUGAUUUAUCUACUCUUUCACCUUUGGUUUUAUAUGAAUUUGAAACUAAUCACGGAUUUGUUACUUUAUUUAGUAAUAUGAUUAUUCCUGUUGAACACGAGGCAUUUGAGGCUUUUUAUAUUGCUGAGAAAUUAACCGGUGGUGAAAAUGUAGUAUUUUUAAUUGCUAAAGAUGAUAUUAGCACUAAUGAAUUUCAAAAAUUAUUUGGAGAUUCUUUAACUAAAGAAAAAAAGCCUCUAAAUAAUAAGAAAGUAAUUGUUAAACCAGGAGUUUUUAAUAGCAAACGUUCUGUUGAAAUCGUUGAUGAAGAUCCAAUAGUUUGUUAUUGUUUUUAA